CUAUACCCUCGUGUUUGUGGAGGAACGAAGCAAACCAUAUCCUACUUCACCGGCCAUGGCUACAGUAUGUAGUAGGCAGCUCUUCCUGCAUCUAAGAACAGUCGUUAGCCCGAAGCUUCCUUUUUCGUCGGAUCUGCUGGUUUGUUCUCGAUUUCAGUUAUCGGAAAGUAGCAAAAAUCGGGCCUCGAGACUGAUUUUAACCCGUGAAUUUUCCGGUAGUGCUGUUCCUCGAGCUUCUCCGGCGAAUAACAACAGUAUUUCAGCCGGAGAUGAUGAAGGAGUGUCUUUGGGGACGAUGAGACUGCCUAUGAAUAUUGAUAUCGACAGAUUUGAAACCUUACUCUUUCAGUGGGCGAACAGUUUGUGCCAAGGUGCCCAAUUACCACUUCCUAUGCCUCUAAAGGUGGACAAAAUCAAAGGAGGGGUAAGGCUUGGGUUCAUUACAAUUGGCGAUGGAGUGACUGAGGUCCCUGUGUACAUAGACUGUCUGGUAACUCCGGCAAUUGGUGGUUCGACGCCGGUUUUCCGAGCAAUCAGAGAGGGGCCGAUGAAAGACAGGUCUCCUCCGGGGGAGCCUAGAAUAAUGAAAAGCCUUCUUGCAGCACUUAAAAAGUCGGUGGAAUUAGCAUCUACACUUUAAAAUCAGUUUUAUUCUUUUCACAGUACUAUUUUCUUGCUAAAGUUUCAAAGUCUUUUUUCCCCCCUUUAUGUUGACAAAGUAAGAGAAAUGGAGUAUGAUAUACAUUAUCUUAAUUGGUUGUUACGUUACCAUCGAGUCUUAUUUUAUGAAAACAUCCACGUGUGUGCAUGCAUAGAUACAUUGAAC